UUAUUGAAAAAAUAAAUAUAUCAGAAAAUAAAAUAAAAAAAAUCACUUUGCACUCAGAAGAAGGGAGAGGAUCGAAUUCGAAGAUCUCAUCAAAGAGGAAAACGAAGUUCAUCUUUUUCAGCUCUCUUCAUUACUGUCCUAGGUGAUUUCUUCCCAUCUGCGUAAGCCAGAUGGGCUUAGUUGGACAGCUGGGCGGGUGGGACCAUGAGAGGUAGCAUGUAUUUGGUGUAAUAGUUGAGGCUAAAGGCGUCCUUGUUCAAGCUUAGUUCACAAAAACAUUACAGUGACAUAUAGUCAGAUAUUAUAUUGCGGUGGCAGCACAAUGGACCCAACAAAUGAAGGAAACAACCUCAAUAACAAUCCUAGUCUUGCUUCAAAGCAACGGUUGCGUUGGACCCAUGAGCUACAUGAACGUUUCGUUGAUGCCGUCGCACAACUUGGUGGCCCAGAUCGGGCUACCCCUAAAGGUGUUCUUAGAGUCAUGGGUGUGCAAGGAUUAACAAUUUACCAUGUAAAAAGCCAUUUACAGAAAUAUCGGCUUGCUAAAUACCUCCCAGAUUCUUCUUCUGAUGGGAAACAAUCUGACAAGAAAGAAUCAGGAGACAUGCUUUCCAGUUUGGAUGGUUCAUCGACUGGUGUGCAGAUAAAUGAGGCUCUAAAACUGCAGAUGGAGGUACAAAAGCGACUUCACGAGCAACUGGAAGUUCAAAGACAGCUACAACUUAGAAUUGAAGCACAAGGGAAGUACUUGAAGAAGAUAAUAGAAGAACAACAGCGGCUCAGUGGAGUUCUCUCAGAAGUUCCUGUUUCUGGGGUCACUCCUUCAGCAGCAGGUGACAAUGGUGUAGAUUCGGAUAACCGGACUGAUCCAGGGACUCCUGCACCAACAUCUGAGUCUCCUCACAUUGAUACGUCUGUACAAGAACAUGCCCGUAGCAAGAGCCUUUCUAUUGAUCAAUCAUUCUCCUCGCAACAUGAGCCUCUUACUCCUGAUUCUGGUUGCCGCGAGACUUCACCAAUAAAUAGCUCUGAAGGUGAAAGGUCAUCAAAGAAACAAAGAGUGGGCACAAGUGCCACAUUUACUAAAGCAGAUAUGCUACUUCCGCAUCAGAUAUUGGAGUCGAGCUUGGGCUCACCAUACGAGCAACCAAAUCCUGUUUUCCUGGCGAGUGACCAAUUCAAUCUGUCAUCAGGAUUGUCUCUUGGCAAUGAAGGACCAAAUGUUUCUGGAAGCAACGUAUAGUUACUCCAUGUGCGACAGGACUUCAAUUGAACUACUAUUAUGUAGUGUGAAAAUAUAUGUUGUGAUUUGGUCACAGAAGCUACUUUGCUUACUGAAUGUGCUAAGGGUUAAAUGUACUUUAUUCUCAUGUAGUAAUACUUUACAGCUCUUGUUUAAUGACACUCUUAAACGUUAGGCCAUUUUCUUUUAUUA